CCCCCCGAAAUUACUAGGCUUCCCGCCGAUCCCCGGAACGAUGUCCGCUCGCGCGACCGACGACGUCGGAAACCUCGUCCGGCGUCUCUCUCGCCUCCUCAACCGCAAGGUCUCUGACGUCCUCAUGCUCCUCGUCAACCGCAAGACGGCGGGGUCGCUCGGAGCGGUCGCCGGGUUCGCCAUCGCCGUGGUCUUUGCCUGGAAGUUCUUGCGGUCGCCGCCGGGCAUAGCGAGAAGGAAUGCUCAGAAGCGGAGGAUUACUCCAUCGACGAGUCAGCCGGCAAGUGGAUUUGGUUCCAGCUCGGAAGGGCUCACUCCGGUGCUGGAGAUGAAGGUAUCUGGUGCCGCCGAGGCGAUCAGUGCUCCAAUUCAGCUCAGACCUGGACAGAUCGUUAAGAAGAAGCUCAGUGGCUGCCGAAAGAUGACUUGCCAGCUGCUUGGUGUGAUCCUGGAGGAGAAAAAUCCAGAAGAGCUUCAGAUCGUUCUUGCAGAAACAUGCUUUAGGCCCUCUGUGGUAGAAGUACUUCUGGAAAUUACCAAAUAUUGUGAUCUUUAUUUGAUGGAGACAGUUCUUGAUGAUGAAAGUGAGAAAAGAGUUCUUUCAGCCUUGGAAAAUGCUGGACUUUUCCAGACUGGUGGCUUGAUCAAGGACAAGAUCCUCUUUUGUAGCACUGAGGGUGGGCGAACCUCUUUUGUUCGACAAUUGGAAGCAGAUUGGCAUAUUGAUUCAAAUCUUGACAUAAUCUCUCAACUAUCUCGAUUCAUCAGGCACCAACUGUUCAUUUCACCAAUGGAACCGGGACAAAUAGCACCAAAUGUGCUCACUUCUGCAAGUCUGGAGCAGUACUUUGCUUAGCUUGGAUGAAAAGUAUUGAGCUGUAUGGUAAAUUUAGAUGGAAAAGUGGUUCGUGCAUCCCUUCUUUCUUGGUAGUUGCAAACUUUUCCCACAUUUACCUGGUUCUUUUGAUAUGAGUAUUUAAAUUUAUUUGGGCCGGCACAGAUGUCAUGUGAUAAAUAUUCCUGUUAGUGCAUGUUUCUGUAAUACUGCUGCUUAUGAUGUAAAUUAUUUUUCAUAUUAUGUACAGUGCUGAACUUUGGAGAACAA